UUUUUUUUUUUUUCUUUUACUUUAUCCUUUUCUUUUAUAUAAAAAAUGGCCAGUCAUAUUUUCCAAAAGGUAGCCAACGUCUUGGUCUAUCUCUUCUUCCUUUCUGCUACUGUAUAUAGUCUUGUAGGUCCCUCUCCUGUGGAUGAUGUUAUCCUCGAAGGUCAAACCUAUAUCACACCAUCAUACUGGAUUGAGUACAUCUGGACUCUUAUCCAUCUCCUUCUCGGUGGUUUCGUCAUUUAUCAAUGGUUUGAACCCGCUCAUGAGGCUGCUAUUCAUGGUGUUGGAUGGCACUUUGUUAUCUCUGUCCUUCUCAGUUCUGCUUGGUUAGCUCUUUUGAAAAGUGGACAUUUUAUCAUUGGUUUCAUCUUUGUUCUUCUCACUGCUGCAUCUGUUACCUGCGUAUUCUACAAGCUCACAAAGGACUAUCCUACCCAAAGCUGGGCUGAUAAACUCUUUGUUCAUGCUCCUUUCUCUUUAUGGCACGGUUGGAUCGUUUACUCUGCUGUUAUCAACCUUUUCCAAGCAUUCACUCAUGUUAAGGAUAACGGUCCUUCUGUCUGGAUUCGUAUCUUGGCCAUCUUUGCUUUCAUCUUCUUAUCAUCUACCGCUAUUGGCUAUGUUGAAUACAAGAAGCAAAAGGGUGAUGUUACAGGUGCUUUAGUAAUUGGUCUCGGUCUUUUAGCUAUCUUCACCAACCAACACGAUCCUUGGAUUCACUGGUCUGCUUUAGCUGCUGCUGUCAUUACUCUCAUCUAUCCUGCACGUCCUUAUGUCUUCAAGCUUGUAGGUCAUGACUCCAGUGCUGAGAACGCUCCUCUUCUUGGUUAAUAUUUUCACACACACACACACACACACACACACACACAC